UAUUUAUUUGAAUUAAAUAAUUAUACGCAAGAAUUGUUAAACUGUUAAACUGCUGUGCUGUCAACUGUGAAAUCGCUCAAUAAAGCCGCCACUUAAUGAACCUUCCACACACACACACACAGAUACUAUGCCAUAGUGCGUCCCCUGGAAUAUCCACUGAAUAUGACGCAUCGCACAGUCUGCUUUAUGCUCGCCAAUGUAUGGAUACUGCCGGCGCUUAUAUCGUUCACGCCCAUUUUCCUGGGCUGGUACACAACGGAGGAGCACUUGCGGGAGGUCUCGCUGCAUCCGGAUCAAUGCACGUUUGUGGUGAACAAAGCCUAUGCGCUCAUCUCCAGCUCGGUGAGCUUCUGGAUACCGGGCAUUGUCAUGCUGGUUAUGUAUUGGCGCAUCUUUAAAGAGGCUGUGCGUCAGCGCAAGGCAUUAAGCCGCACCAGUUCCAAUAUAUUGCUGAACAGCGUGCACAUGGGACACACUCAGCAGCCCACCAAUCUGAGCUAUUUGCAUCCCAGCGACUGCGAUCUGAAUGCCAAAUCCCCGGGGAGGGAGGAGUCCACAAGUGCGCUCAGCAAUUUGGAGGAUAUGCUGCAGACAGCUACGGAUGAGGACGACGAUAAGGAUGAGUGCGAUGAGCUGCGCGUGCCCUCGCCGCCGCCGCGACGUCUCAGUCGCAGCAGCAUCGAUCUGCGUGACCUGGAGCAGGAGCGCUACGAGAAGGUCACGCAUACGGACAGCGCCCCCUCCAUGAUGGCGUUGAGUGCAGGCCAGCAGCAGGUCACAGUGCCGCCCUUUAAUCCGCAAAUCUGGGCCGAGACGCUUACGGCAGCAGCGGCAACAAAGACGACGCCACACGCAGCUGCGGCGGGGCUGCUGCAGCAGCAGCAGAGCCUGACAAGCGGCAGCGGCAACAGCGAACCCGAGCCAGAGUCCACGGCUUAUCGCGUGUUUGGCCUGAAUAGCGAUGAGAGCGAGACCACGGACCACUAUGACACGCACUUGCCGCUGGCUGAGGACAACAAGGAGCUCAAACGACUCAUCGACGACAACUACUUGUAUUACAAGAAGCAAACGGGCGCGGGUGGCGGCGUGCCAAGCGCCUCCAGUGGCAAAUAUGCAGCGCUAAGCGAAUCCGAUUUCAUACGAUUGAAGGCGGGCGCGGCAGCAAGUGGGCGCAAAGCUUUUGCGGCCAGCGACUCGGAGUUCUUGCGCACCAUUAGCGAGGCCAAGGCGGGUCAAGAGCCAGUGCAGCUGCCAGGCAAAGAGAAGGGCUUCAAUCUGCUGGCGCUGCUGGCCAAAACCAAACGCUCCAGCGCCGAAUGCUUCGCCCUCGAGCGUAAACGUGCGCAGGCCAACUCGGAGGGCUCCAGUUUCUUUCGCCGCUCACGCAAUCGCAAGCUGUCACGCAGCUACAAUGGCAAGCUAGAGCAGCGUGCUCGCCAGCACAGCGAUACGGAUGCCACGCUCAACAAGCCGGACAUCCUGCUGGACAUAAAUGUACUGAGCGAGCAGAGUGCGGCAAGCGCAACGGAUGAGCAGCUGCUGAAGCAACUGAGCGAUGGCCUGCAGCUCAUAGACUUUAAUAGCGAAGCCUCGACGGGCGUUGUGGUGGGCGUAAGUGGCGAUGAGCUUGCCCAGCUGGCCGACUGCUUUGCUGUGGAGUCGCCCAAGCAGCCGGCUACGCCACCGCCCUCGUUGUCGCCGCCAGAGCUGCCCGAACAGAAUGGCAUGCUGAUAACGAAUAGCUCGGAGCUGGCGGAAAUCUUUCGCUCGUUAAGCUUUCCGCUGGGCGAGCAGUCCGUCAGGCGUCAGGCGCCGCAGCGCAUGAGCACCCUAAGCGAUCAGGUGUGCGCCAAUUAUCUGAUGUCCCCACCGAAUACGCCGGCAGCUGUGGCCAAUCCCGCCCAGACGGCUGCCAUUAAUGUGUACUUCCUGUCGCCGCCGCCGCAUGCUGGCGGCUAUACGCCCAGUGAUGCCUCCACCGUGUCGCUGGACGUGGUCACUACACUGCCGGUGCCGCAGCAGCAGCAGCAAACCCCAGAGCAGCAACAACAAACAGCCAACAUAUCACCCAAGCCCGAAAUUAUACUCGACUCAACGCUUUCCUCCGUCGAUGGCAGCAACGAUGUACACGAGCCGCACAAGGACAUUACCUCGCCGCUACUGAAGCGCAAAGAUAGCAACCAACUGGAGGCGGAUGUGAAUGCUUCCGCUGCUCGUCAACACUGCAGCCUCAUGACAGGCUACGAGGGCAUUCAAACAGUGCGCAAGCGACAGGCCUCUGUGGUCACCUACGAUGUGAACGUCAUCAAUUUCUCGCAAGAGCACAGCGACAGUCGCAGCUACAUACCGAUGGGUCGAGUCUCCACCAGCUCUGCAAAGCCAGAAUUUUCCAAUAAAUCCUCGCUAAUACGACGCGGUGGCAUCUGCAUUUUUGUGGAUGAGGAAGAGGCCGAGACCAUUGAGCAAAAGCCACGCGGCAUUAAGUUUGCCCCAGUCGCCAGUCCGCUGCCCAAAUGUCCACUCUGUGGUGUCGACAUUACAACUAUUAACAACACGACCACCACCACCACCAAUAUCACAACCACUGACACCACCAACAACACAAAUCUAAAUGCAAGUAGAAAAAAUAGUAGUCACGAUCAAGAUCAAGCUCCGGCGACGGAGGCUGAAACAACGCGCACGCGCUUACGCUUUUGGCACAAUCGUACGGCGGCGAUUUCAGCAUGCUGGCGACAGAGCAAGAAUCGGAAGCGACGCCGCAAAGCCGGAUGUAGUCACUGUGGUGCAACCGGCGGCUCAGUGCGUCCCGCCAAGGGCUGGAAGGCUGAGCACAAGGCCGCUCGCACUUUGGGCAUCAUAAUGGGCGUUUUCCUACUUUGCUGGCUCCCCUUUUUCCUCUGGUACGUCAUCACCUCGCUCUGCGGUGCCGCCUGCCCCUGUCCGGAUGUGCUGGUGGUGGUGCUCUUUUGGAUUGGCUACUUCAACUCGACGCUCAAUCCGCUCAUCUAUGCGUACUUCAAUCGAGACUUUCGCGAUGCCUUUCGCAAUACGCUGGAGUGUGUGCUGCCCUGUCUGGAGAAACGCAAUCCCUAUAAUGCUUACUAUGUCUAGAUUCUAUAACUAAGCAUACCUAUAUACCAUACAUAUACAUAAAUGUAACUCUAUAAAUAUUGCUAAACAACGCCAGUGUAAGUGAUACUCUAUAUGCAGUAACAAAGCUAAAUGUCGAAGCCUUUGAGCUAAGCAAUACUCAAUGUGUGUUUAUUAAGUAUACGUACAACUAUUUGUAAACCAACGCUAACCGUAGUGCGUACUAACAUACAUGCUUACAAUAUGUGUAAUUAUGUCUACGAAAAAUAUACGUAAAAUCCAAAACUGGAUAUAUCUGUGUCCCUAGCACUAAGUUAAAAUCGUUUUUCAUGUUCGAAGCAAUUAGUAACCCACUAAAAAGAGUGAACGAAACUAUAGUAAACAUUUUAAGCAAACUUCGUUGGAGCGAAGUUAUUGUACUUUUUCCUUAUAAAACUAAUCACGUUUUGUAUACCAGAGAGGUUGUUUGCUGGCUAAGCUUGUCUUUUUAAGUUGGAAAGUUGGAAAUUAAAGCAAUUGUUAAUGUCUUGGAAAGAGUAUAAACACAAUGCUAGCUUUUGUGUUUACUAAAUAUUACAAUUACCUAUGUAUACUGUUUAAACUGUAAGCUAAGCAAAUUUAUGCAAUCCAAAUUCAAUUGUCUGCAGUACAAUCUAUAUGUUAAAUUGUCAGCUAGUCGGAAAAAUUAGUUUAGUUAUUUUCAUACUUGAUUUGAAGCUACUUUUGUGAUAUUUAGAGAAAUUAAAUUGUUUAGUUAAAGUUUUGUUUAACGGACAACGGAA